AUGUGUUUCCGUCCAGCGUUCUUUGCGGUGCUGGUGGCCGUUGCCUUUGCAGACCACGACGACCCGAAAUUAACUGACACCUUAACAGCGAAGCUGAUUGGCACCAAUAAGGUUCCCAAGAAUGACUCCGCAGCUGUGAGGAAGGCCGUUGGUGACAAGAAAGGCGUCGUGUACAUGAAGCUCGAAUUCUACAGGAAGGAGGGCGAGGCUGUGUGGGUACAGUACUCAGUGAAGGCGUCGAAGCUGGAGGGCGAGAUGCCGCCCACCAAGACGCACAUCCACGCGGGUUUGAAGGGGCAGAACAACCUCGUGCUGCUGGACCUGCCUUGCAAGUACAAGCAGAAGAGCCGCAACGACUGGCGCUGCGAGGGCGUGAUUGAGAAUCUCUCGCAGGUGGCGGAUCUGACGAAGGUCACGGAUAAGCCCAGCCAGUUCUAUGGGAAUAUCCACACCAAGCGGUACCCUGAUGGCGCCGUGCGCGGCCAGUUCUCCAGGAAGUAA